CAAUUCUGAGAUUGUAACUGAGGUCUACCUUGCAUGCAGUAUAAGUGUAUUCCCAGUAGGAGAAAACUAGGUGGACAUUGCAAGUCUGCUAAAUUUGGGCUGUGUGAGCUGCCAUAGCACUACUAGCUGCAGCAGGUCGAGCAAAUAAACUGAAAACGUGUGAAAAAGGUAAAAAACAGUGUAAAGAUGACCAGUUAUUCAACUUGUAGUGAGGAGAUUGGGGUACUCUCACAUGCUUUUUAGAAUGAGUUUUUAAAUGUGUAAAUACAGUACUAUUGUUGAUUUGGCUAAAAGCUGUUCAGUCAACCAAAGGGAUACAUUCACUAAAAAGAAUUGUAGCAAAUUGAAAUCCAAAUGGCAACAGCUUUAGAAAACUGAUCAAGCUCUGCCAUAGUCACAGCUUGAGUGUUUUGGGCUUAUAGGGGCAGUCCAAGCACCUUAACUGCUACAUGUCAAAUAUACAUUAUUUUACCCAAAAUGGUAUAAAAUAUUGUAGUGAAUAAACGCUAAGGACUUGGCAAUAUGAAUCCUAAUUCUUAUAAUCCCUACAAAUAAAGAAAGGCAUGAUGCGGCCUGUGCCGUAUUCACUAAAAGGCUAAAACACUGUGUUUUGUGUAUUUUAAUCCUUGCUGUGAUAAUCCCUUCUUUUUUUAAAUGGAAAAAGUAUAAUAAAGUCAAAAACUCUCCUUAAAUCCAGUAUCAGUUCCAAUUUUUUACAACCAUAUCUGCCUUUAAUUACAUCAUCCCCCUCACAUCACAGUCCAAUGAAAUGUUUCUUAUAGAAAAGCAUUAUUGGACCAAGAGCCCACGUGUGACAGGGGCAUACUGGGGCAGGGAGAGAAAGCAGCUGGAUGUAAGAAGGGACAGUGCCUGCACUGGGCACUGUAUACAUUCUAUGCAUUGUCACUCCUCUCUUUUAUAAUGUAACACUAUAAAAACUGCUUGCUCUAUGACCAAUUCAAUACAUUAAAGGACCACUAUAGGCACCAAGACCACUUCAAUUCAAUUAAGUGGUCUGGGUGCCAGGUCACCCAGGUUUUAACCCUGCAGCUGAAAACAUAGCAGUUUCAGAGAAACUGCUAUGUUUCACUGAGGGUUAAUCCAGCCUCUAGUGGCUGCCUCACUGACAGCUGCUAGAGGCGCUUCUGCGCUUCUCACUGUGAAAAUCACAGUGAGAAGGCGCUGGACGUCCAUAGGAAAGCAUUGAGUAAUGCUUUCCUAUACAUUCAUGCAAGCCUGGCUUUAACCCUUUUUAGCCUGGACUGACACGUUUUGCACUAUUAUAUCAUUACUCUAUUAUUACUCUAUCCUCUGCAUAAGGACAACCAGCAUUAGUGAAACCCCCAUAAGAUUAAAGGACCACUCUAGGCACCCAGACCACUUCAGCUUCUAGGGUUAACCCAUUUUUUUAUAAACAUAGCAGUUUCAGAGAAACUGCUAUGUUUAUUAAUGGGUUAAGCCUUCCCCCAAUGCCUCUAGUGGCUGUCUCAUUGACAGCCACUAGAGGCGCUUGCGUGCUUCUCACUGUGAUUUUCACAGUAAGAGCACGCCAGCGUCCAUAGGAAAGCAUUAUGAAUGCUUUCCUAUGUGACCGGCUGAAUGCACGCUCAGCUCUUGCCGCCCGUGCGCAUUCAGCCGACAGGGAGGAGAGAAGGAGGAUCGGAGGAGGAGAGCUCUCCGCCCAGCACUGGAAAAAGGUAAGUUUAACCCCUUUUCCCCUUUCCAGAGCCGGGCGGGAGGGGGUCCCUGAGGGUGGGGGCACCCUCAGGGCACUAUAGUGCCAGGAAAACGAGUAUGUUUUCCUGGCACUAUAGUGGUCCUUUAAAUGCUUUCCUAUGUGGAGAACCUAAUGCACUUGCGGCACUAGUGCAUUAGUCCCCCUCCCCCCUUCAGUUGAUGUUGGAGAAGGUGGGGAUUCGGGAGCUGACCCAGUGCAGAGGAACAUCAGCACAGGUAUUGGCUAAGUGAUAAAAGGGUUUUCAACUCUUUAUUGGCCGAGGUGAGGUCACAGGUGGCAGAGGGAACUAUAAUACAGGUUUAUAUUUACAACACUAUAGUAUCCCUUUAAGAACCAGGCAAGAAAGGUAAAGGGUACAUAUUGUUAUCCUAGAUGGUACCAGGGAUUUUAAUUAAAAUAUUUUAUUGCUUGUUUACAGAAAUUUGCCAUGACAUCUAGGAAACUUGGGCUGCAGUUAGCGGCCUGCCUACUUAAUGUUUCAGAAGCCAGAAAUAAGCAUAUUGUAGAAAAAAUUGCAAAUGCUGCUUUACACGACCAACAUGGUAAGUAUGAUUAAAUUGUUUUGUACUCUGUGUAUGCUAUACCUUAUGUACACAUAUAAUAUAUAUGUAUAUAUGUUGUAUCAUAAUUAAGAGUAAUUAAUUUGAGCAAUAAGAAAUGUGCAAGAUGAUUUUUUUUUCCACCUAGCUAUCAUCCCCAAAAUUCACAAUAGUAACAGUUGAAAGGAAGAUUGCAGAAUUACAGUCGUCAUAAUUCCAUGCUAAUCUUAAAUGGGCAUUUUAAGCAAUUGAACCCCUGGUUUAAUUUCAGAACAUUUGUAAUGGUUUGAUAUAAACCAAUAAACCAGGUCUCUACAGCACCCAGAGUCGGCCCCUGACCACGCCAGGCCAGCACUUAUACUGUGGAAUUAUACUGCCCCAAUAUAAAAAAAAUCACUGUUUAUUCGAUAUAAAACAUGCAUGGAUUUAAGUAUGCAUUUUUCUUAACCAGUUUUUUGAAUGGGGAGCUACUGAUUGGCUUAGAGCAGGGGUUCCCCAUUAAUUUUUCAUGUGGAACUCUUUAACAUAGUGUAUCAACAUCGUGGAACUCCUCCUCCCCCCCCCCACAAAAAAAAAUUUGCGCCGUUGCAUAAAUCUUUCAAUUAGUAGAGCAUAAUGUGUGUUUUUUUUUUACUACAUAUAAACACUAACAGAGGCGGAUCUCUAAUUAGGCGGUUUAGGCGGCUGCCUAAGGCCUCGACACCAAGAGGGGGCCCGGUGGCUUGCCCGGUAUGCCACCGGAUGAGAGGCCCCUCCUGGCUGCCCGGCCAGCCACCGCAGACACCGGUCUGCAGCUCCGCAGUGAGCAGAGCUGCAGACCAUGUGUCUCGCGAGAACUGGCCAAUCAGAGCGUUGCUGCGGGUUACCACGGCAACGCUCUGAUGGUCUCGCAAGAUUACAUGGUCUGCAGAUCUGCGGAGCUGCAGACCGGAAGCAAUGGCCACCGGACCACCAGGGAGCCCACUGGACCACCAGGGAGUAAAGGUAGGUUCUCUCUCCCCCACAACCCUCAGCCUCACCACCCCACCACCCUCAGCAUCACCCCCCACCACCCUCAGCAUUACUCCCCCACCACCCCUCAGCAUUACUCCCCACCACCCUCAGCCUUACCACCCCACACCACCCUCAGCAUCACCCUCCCUCACCACCCUCAGCAUCACCCCUCACCAUCACCCACCCUCAGCAUCACCCCUCCCCUACCACCCUCAGCAUCACCUCCCCUACCACCCUCAGCAUCAUCCCCUCAGCAUCACCCACCCUCAGCAUCACCCCUCACCACCCUCAGCAUCACCUCCCUCACCACCCUCACCAUUACCCCCUCACCAUCCCCCCCCUCACCAUCAACCCUCCCUCACCAUCAACCCCUUCCUCUCACAUCACUUCCCUCCCUCCUCACAUUACCCCCUCUAACUCUCAUUACCCCCCUCUCACUCUCACAUUACCUUCACCCCCUCUCCCUCUCACCAUCACCCCCACACCAUCACCUCCCUGUCAUCAUCACCCCCUCUCACCAUCUCCCCCUCACACCAUCAUCCCCCCUCCCUCUCACCAUCACCCCCCCCCAUACACACAACACACUUCACGCAGCUACCCCAUACACAUAGGGUCUCAGACAAAAACGCAAACAUGCUCACAGAGACAUACACACACACACACACACAAGGAUACUCUCUGUCAGACACACUCUCAGGCACAUACACAGGUAAACUAUGCAUCAAUGUGUGUAUGUGACACUUUUUUGUUAGUGGGGCCUAAUGUUUAAGUUUCGCCUAAGGCCUCAUAAAGUCUAGAGCCGCCUCUGCACACUAAUUUCUACAGAUAUUAAACAGAUUGCAGUACUUAGGAGAAGUUAUGUAUGUUUUUUGUGUGUAGAGUUGGUGUUUGUAUGUUAUUUUAUCGUUUUAAUACAAGGAUGUGUUUGUAUGGAAUGUUAGUAUUUGCGUGGAGAGGUGUAUUUGGAUGUAGUGUUGUAUUUUAAAUGUGGUGUACAUUUGUGUGUAGUAUUGGUGUUUGAGUGUUUGUAUAUAAUUUUGGAGUUAGAGUUAAGGGGUGUGUGACAAGACCAAUCUCGCCACAUUGCAUUGGAGAAGCCUGGUUGCUCGCCUGCUGCCUCUGGACUAUGGCCCCCCUGUUAAAAGACAUCAAAAGCUUCAUUCGUGCUUUUCUGCCUGGGGUUCGGUAGAUUUGUUUGAAUGUGUUAUACCCCAUAUAGGAAUCCCAUGGAGCCCAUUCGUAUGAAACUGACUGUAAAGACUUUGGCUCCAUGGCGAUUAAACUGUAUUUGUGUGGUCUGAGCGCCAUUCACUUAAUAAUGUGCGCUCAGACCUGAGCUAUCUGGGGAUAUGUUAAAUGUAUAGUUUUAAUCUAAUGUAUUUUACCUGGUGUAUUUUAACAUUAAUGCUUGUUUUGUGUCCCCAUGUGCAUAAUGGAGUCUUGCUUCUGACAUGUCUGUGUUUUAUGUAUAAAAUGGGACUUUGUGUAUUGUACAGUAUUUUAAUGCUUUGUGCAAACCACGUGCAUAAUGGAGUCUUGUCUCUGUCCUGGGAGAUAAUUUAAUUACUUCUCAAUUAUCUCCUGGGCAGAGGAGAGGAAGCCAGGAUGCAUUGUGGUAAAAAGGAAGGGGUAAUUGGGUUACUUCUCAGGAUAAGGGGGAGGGAAUCUGUGGGUUGUAACUAAUAUGUUACUGGAUAUUUUAUACCUCCCUGUGGGCGGUCCUGUAUUUGCAAGACUGUAAUAAAAACCAGGCUGGGUGUGCCAGCACCUCAGACCACUGCUUGACCCUCAACACAGAGCCUUGUCUCGUUCUUGGGGGAUUCACUGUAUGCUGUUAGAGACUGAUUGCCAGGAGUGUAAGCUGAUUGUCUGCUUUUCCUGUUCGUCUGCUAGCAGCUAUUUGGGAGGUUCCAGUUCGGAAGUUGGAGUGCUAUUUUGUAUCCAGUUCAGGAGUUUGGUGUUCUGCAGUAGCUGUGCCUGUAUCUCUGGAAAGGGGGCCGAUCGCCUAAACGGUUUUUACCCCUUGUGUGCAAAACGGUCCGUUACAGGGUGUAUUUUGUAUAUGCUGGUGUGUGUAUCUGCGUGUGUGUAUGUAUCUGACAUACAGAUACACAAACUGGCACAUACAUACACAGAUUCACACACAUUGGCAGAUACACACACUGGCACAUGUACACACACAUAUGUUUAAAUUUGUUGUUCACUUACCUAUUUUCUGCAAGUGGAUCUUCAGUGCUGCUGGCUGAGGUUGGUGUGCUGCUCAGUUCCCGCUGCUCCCUCUCUCCCUCCUGCCAGCACGCUCUGUCUGGGAGGAAGUGUCACUUCCUCCCAGCAUCCCAUACAACAGGGGCUGUGGCGCCUGACCGGACCCCUGUUUAGCGAUAUCCAUCAGGUGGCCCUAAAUGCUUGGGCCAUCCGAGGGCAAAUCGGUGCAGAACCCCAAUUUUGUUAUCGCGGAACUCUAGGGUUCCGUGGAACAUUAAUUGGGAAAUGCUGGCGUAGAGCAUCAACUAACCGCAGCAGUCCGAGGCUUCUCUUUUGAAGAUUUUUUUAAAAAGCUGAUGUUGGAGGGGCAAAGCAAAACUGUGCUAGCAAGGAGACCUUGGGGUUAAACUGUUCACGAAAAGUGUAAAUCCUAAAGGUAAGCAUGCGUCAGGGACUUCCGGGCACCAUAACAACUUAAUUUCAAUGAAAUUGUUAUGGUGCCCACGAUGUUCCUCUAACGUUGUUAUGGUGCCCAGGAUGUUCCUCUAACAUUAAUUCAACAAUAUUAAUGCAGCAAAGAUAGAGGCACUUUUUGGGUGCUGGGGAGACACUUGGGUUGUGACAAGCCAUUCGUAAUGUUUCAAUAUUAAACUGGUGUGAUGGCACUUGGGAACUGUAGGCAACAUUACUACUACAAGUUGCUUACAGUGCUCUUUUAAUUUAUUUUACUGAAAUUUGCUUGUAUAAAUAAAAUCUACAUAAUUAUUAGGCAUGUGCAUGGGGAAAAUUUUCGGUUCGGUUUGGCAUUCCGAAAUUCGGGAAUUCGGCACUUCGACACUUCGGAAUUUCUGAACUUCGGAAUUUCGGGACUUUGGCACUUCGGGACUUCUCUUGCAGCCGCUUAAUAGCUAACUCCCUAAUUCCCACGGUAUUAGGAAAACCUAAAUUGGUCUCUCAGCCAAAUUUACUAAUACUAAGUAAAAAUUACUUAGUAUUAGUAAAUUUUGCCCCUACUUGCUAUUCCGUGAGUAGGGGCAUGUCUAUUAAACAGUGAGCAGCCUGGGGCUGCUCACUGUUAAAAAACAAAAAAGGGUCCCCCUUUUUUAAAGUGCGUCGGUUAUUAUGGCUUUUUAUUUGGAUUUUUUGGGGGCUGAAAAAAGAAGAUUUUAGAAGUAAGAAAACAUCAAAUGGUUAGUUAGUUAAAGGUACUUAGUUAAAGGUCCCCCCCUCAUUAUUUCUAGGGUGGGGGGGUAGGUAGGGGUUAGUUUUUUUGGGGAGGGGGGUGACUAUGGGUUUGGGAUGGGGGCCAAAGGGGAGGACAUUAGGCCCCCCCCAUUAUUUUACCUUAGGGCCCUCACCCGCCGCUCAGGGGGGACUUUUUUUUACAGUGGCUGCUCACUGUUUAAUAGACAUGCCCCUACUCGUGGUAUAGCGAGUAGGGGCAUAAUUUACUAAUACUAAGUAAUGUUUACUUAGUAUUAGUAAAUUUGUCUGAAAGACCAAUUUAGGUCUUUCAGCCUUUUAGUAGAUAGCUCCCUAAUACUAUGGGAAUUCCUGUCAUUACAUUGACUGGCCAAGUAACUUAUAUUUUAUAUGAAUGUAUGUUACUUGAUUGUUGUAAGUGUUGCAAAUGCUUACAGCUGAAUCCUGGCUAUGUUUGUAUUCUUUUUAUUUAAAAUUGUAUACAGUGUAACAUUCUUCAUUCUUCCACUGGGUAAGUAUAUUAGUUCUUAGGCAAUACUGUGCUUUGGAACUUUGACACUUCGGAACUUUGGCAACUUCAGCACUUCGGAACUUCGACACUUUGGAAAUUCGGUAAGUUCGGAACUUCGGGACUUAGGCAAUUCAUCUAUUUGGACAUUUGGAAGUACCCGAAUGUCCGAAUUGCCCGAAAUUCGAAUUGCACAUGUCUAAUAAUUAUAGUAAUUUUAACUUUUGUACAUAAUAUAGAAAAGGUUACUUGAUGGCUAAUAUGUCAAGUUAGGAGCAGACUUGUAGCUGAACCUAUAGCAGCAGUGGCCAAACUCGGUACUCUGUUUGAAUCUGAAAUAUAUUUAUUUUAAAGGGUAAAGACUCCCUAAGCAUCCUGGCAAAGUAUUUCUCUAAAAUGUGUUAUAAGAUUCUAAGGAUUCCUGUAAACCUGAGACGUAAUAUAACCCAAAAUAUUUCCCAUGUAUAAGAUUGGAGCUUAUUCACUAAGCUGCUAAAUAUGAAGAAUUGACAGGGGUGAAAUUGUCAGUUACCCAUAUGUACAAAUUGAAAUUAAUAAAUCCCACCAUAUAAUAUCAGCAUGGUUUAUGUUAUAUGUCCUAUAAAUAAUAAAAAAUGUGUAUUUUGCAAAUGUGACUUAGAAUUAAAAUUGUACAUUAAAUAAAAUAGUUAUGGAAAUAGUGAAGGUCUUCUAAUUUCUCUAAAAAAUGUCUGAUUCUUCAGUAUGAUUAGUGGCCACCAUUAGUACAUUGGAAUACAUUUUAUAAUUUUUUAUUACAUUUGUUUCUCUUUCUCUUCUAUCCACACGGAAUUUGGAAUAAUGAAACCCUUCCUCACGGAGUCUUUUCGUGGAGCUAUUGUGUUGAACUUUUGUAUUGCCCAUAAGUUUUUAUGGGAGCCAGAUUGACAGAAUCAUUGCCUCAUCACUCACAAAUUAGAUACUCUCAUUUAGCACAUAAAGCAACACUAUAAAGAAUAUUUGCAGCAAAACGCCUAAGGCUCUUAAUUUUUAGUUUUUACCAAUUUUUUUUAAUGUUGUAUAUUCCCAUUCACUAGGUACAGACUGCUUAUUUGCUGAGCCGAAUACUAGAGAUACUAAUAUAGGACGAGUGCCAUGUGGCUCUUUUUUUUCUGAGAAGAAAAUUACAGUUUUCAGCAUGCAAGCAUUCUGGGAAAUGCAGUCCACAGUAAUCCGAUAUUCUAUUUAGUUAUGCACUAAAGUGUGGAUUGUCUAUGUUCAAAGUGAAUUUCAAAUUGUAGGCCAAAAUAAGCAAAUUUGAAACAUUCCCAAAGUCAAUUUAAAAAAAAAAAAAUUUGGCCUAAAAUUUGCAAUUCAAUUCAAAUUCACUUUGAUUUUACAACAGUUUACAAAUUAUAGAAACACUAUAGCGUUAAGAAUACAAAAUCUUUUUGAUACAUGAUGCAUUCAACGUAUAUGGGAGCCUUUAAGGUAAGUUUACUUUUUUAAUAUAUGUCCACUUUGACUGUGCAAUUUAAAAAUUGCAGGGUUAAGGGGACAUGGGCACUUCACCCAAACCAUUUCAAUGAUAUGAAAUGGAUUGGGUGCCUAUAAUGUCUAUUUAACUAAUAACCCUAUAAUUAUUUACUAAAGUAUUCAUUAUCUGGAAUUCAGAUUGAGCUCAAAGAGAAUGUAAAAUUUUUAAUCAAAAUAGCUGUGUUAGAAUAGCUACCCAUGUUAAAAGAAAACUAUAGGGUCAGGAACACAAACAUGUAUUCCAGACCCUAUAGUGUUAAAAAAACACACUCAUUGGCUAACAUUAAAAAUGAGAAUCAAGCGCACUGCCUUAUCUACUAAACAGCUACUUUGCUGCUGUCCGAUUUUGUUAGUUUUUAAAAUGGGGUGCUGCUGGGGACCAAUAAGUACAGUAAAAAUGAGAAUCCAGUGCACUCCCUUAUCUACUAAACAGCUACUUUGGUGCUGACCAAUUUUGUAAGUUUUAUUAAAAACACCUAAUCAUUGGCUAACAUUAUCAGAAGUGAUGAUCUCACUUUACAUAGGAAAGCACUGGAUUGCAUGAGAUUGCUAAUGAGGCGGGCUGAAGGUGGAGCCAAACUCUUGCCUGGCCAAUCAGCAUCUCCCCAUAGAGAUGCAUUAAAUCAAUGGAUCUCUAUGAGGAAAGUUAAGUCUCUCAAUGCAAAGGGUGGAAACACUAAAUGUCAUCUGUGGAGUGUCCACUGAAGGUGUAUCUAUGCUGUAAUAUAGAUAUACUAUCUUUUCUCUGAAAAUACAGUUUUUACUGCAAAAUGCCUGCAGGGACUGUAUAUAGAACAGCUAUAUUAAACGGUUUCUGAAUAUUAGGGAAAAGCUUUAUUCUGUAAGGUUCAGAAUGAAAUGAUUUUGCAGUUUUGUUGUGUUCCAGAAAAUACAUGUUAUGGUAAGCUUCCUAUUUGGCCCAUGUGUUACAGCCUCUACAUCAGAUUUGUUUUCCCAUUUAGAGUGUGCCUGCUUGGCAGCAGGAAUUGUGUCUCCUAGUCACCAACAUGCCAAGGUAUUUAUUAUAUUUUCCUGUUAAGUUAACAGGAUUUCAGUCCUGACAAUACAAUUGUGCCCAAUCUUUUAUUUCUUUGUCUCCUUAGUAGUUUUAUAGGAUUAGGUUAUCUGCCUAGUGAUUAAGCGAUUGCGCCAAGCAAUCUGCCAGCCAAGUGCUGGUGGGAUACCCUGAGCCUUACUUGAACGCUUCUUAGACUUAUUAGUGACUGUGGUUCAAGCAAAAUUAUAGCUAUUAUACUCCAUUACGCAGACAAAACAAUUUAGUUCUGCAGAGAAUCAAACUGACAGCUCAUUCAGCCUGCAGUUAUUUCUCUCUUUCUUUUCCUGUACAGAACCUGAAGAAAUUGCCAGAAAAUGUAUUUUUUUUUCUAUAGUAGUAUGUUAUCCCAUUAAGUUAUUUGGUUGAGGAGUUGUUUAGUUUUGUAAUUAGUAAAGAUGAGUUGAUAAUCCCUUAUUUUCUUUUGGGCAGCGAGAAUGUAUAUUUUUCUAUUAAAAAGCUUUUAAUUUUUUUUUAAAGAACUCAAAUCUUUUCCUUGACUUUCUCCCACUCCUCGACAUAUUACUGCUUACUAUUCCUAGCCCCCCUCUUUCUCUGAGUACUCACCGCAAUGUUGUUUUUUCCGCCUUUUAAUUUGGGCAUUUCCCAUUCUUCACCACUUCAUAUAUGUAUUUUUGAUACUAUUCACUAUUAAUUUUUUUGCUACUGAUAUAUUUAAUUUUUUUUAUGUUUGCACUGACACCAUCCCACAGUAAGUAAUCAAACCAUUUCUGAGAUGUUUGAUAAUAGGUUACCUCCUGUCCGGCCUCUUCAGAUAUCUCACUAAAGCAAAACUCUGGUCGAAAAUUGACAUUACCAUUGUUCCUAAUUACAACCUGAGUUAAUAUUCUUGCAUAAACGUUUAUAAUUAUUUUUUUGAAAAUAUUAAAAUAUCAAAUAUAUAUACUAAUAUAUGAAAAUAUUGAAAUAUCUGUCAAUAUUUUAAACCAUUUUAAAAGUUUAUCCAAAAAUAUUAAAUCAUUUGAAAACCUUAUCCAAAAAUAUUAAAUUAAAGGGACAAUAUAGUCACCAGAACAACUACAGCUUAUUGAAUUUGUUCUGGUGAGUAGAAUCAUUACCUGCAGGCAUUUUGCUUUAAACACUGUCUUUUCAGAGAAAAUGCAGUGUUUACAUUACAGCCUAGUGAUAACUUCACUGGCCACUCCUCAGAUGGCUGUUAGCCAUCCUUCCUGGGUCAUGGCUGCCUAAAAUGCAUCCAAACAUUCAGUAUCUCCUCCUUCUACAUGCAGACACUGAACUUUCCUCAUAGAGAUUCACUGAUUCAAUUCAUCUCUAUGAGGAGAUGCUGAUUGGCCAGUACUGUGUUUGAAUCAUGCCGGCUCUGCCUCUUAUCUGCCUCCUUCACAGUCUCAGCCAAUCCUAUGGGGAAGCAUUGUGAUUGGAUCAGGCUACCACUUCUGCUGAUGUCAGCAGGUAGUGGGCAGGUCUAAAGGAAACAAGCACAAAGCAAGCAGCUCCAGACUUGAAUACAAGUAAGAUUUACUAUAUUUAGGGAAGCAUGAGGGGAGCAGGGUGGCUAGAUGGUGGUUUUAAACCCUAUAGGGUCAAGAAUACAUGUUUGUAUUCCUGACCCUAUAGUGCUUUAAGGCCCAUGAUUCUAUCAAGUAUUUCUUAAAAAAAGAUUAAAUAUACUUCAAGUAACUCAGUCAUGGUUCUAAUAGUCCAUUCAUGUGGUACCUUAUUACAAAAUCUCUUUGCUUAUCUUAAAGAAGAAAAAACAUUUGUUUAGCUAUUUUCUGUCAGAGUUCCAGUUUUCUAAGGUAAUCAGAGUGACCGACUGUUUAUUUAAAUACUGUUUAUUUAAAUACAUUCAUGUAUAGCUUGCAUGAAAGACGAGACAGGGGGGAUAUGAUAGAAUCAGGGUUCAAGUCAAAAAGUGUGGGAACUCACCCAGGAUUCCCCCCCCCCCCUUCCCCUAAAAAAAGAUAGAAGGGGGAGAUAGCCUGGUGGUAUGGUGGAGGAAGCCAGGUGCUGCACACAGGGGCCUAGCACACUCUGUGUUCCCUCACUGGCUCUGUCUAACUCUCGCGAGACUCGCCUACGUGCUGUGCAGAGCAUUGCCAUGGUGACCCGUGGCAACGCUCUGACGGCUCGCGAAUGUGAGCUGCAGCUGGAGAGGGAACACAGAGUGUGCUGGGCCCCUGUGUGCAGGUAGCAGGGCAGGUUCUGCAGGACUACUAGCGGGAACUGCGUUCCUGCUUUGGAAAAAGUGCAGGAACACCGUUCCCAUGCGUUCCUGCAGGACUCAAGCCCUGGAUAGAAUCAUUUAAAUACAUAAAGGGAAUUAACACAGUAAAGGAGGAGACUAUAUUUAAAAGAAGAAAAACUAAAACAACAAGAGGAUAUAGUCUUAAAUUAGAGGGGCAAAGGUUUAAAAAUAAUAUCAGGAAGUAUUAAUUUACUGAGAGGGUAGUGGAUGCAUGGAAUAGCCUUCCAGCUGAAGUGGUAGAGGUUAACACAGUGAAGGAGUUUAAGCAUGCGUUGGGUAGGCAUAAGGCCAUCCUAACUAUACAAUAAGGCCAGGGACUAAUGAAAGUAUUUAGAAAAUUGGGCAGACUAGAUGGGCCGAAUGGUUCUUAUCUGUCGUCACAUUCUAUAUUUUUUUGUUUCUAUGUCCUGUUGUUCACUGCCCCUACUUUAUGGCUGCCAUUGGACAUUUUAAAUUGUACUGCAGUUUACUACUUUACUCCCAUAACAGCCCAACUGUAACAGUUAUACAGGACAGGAUAGAUUAAUGCAUUUAUGUUGUUUACACCAAAUUCUGAUUGCCAUUUGCAUGUCACAGCAGAAAGUGAGAUACUUUAGACUGAGUUGACCAUUUUCACUUGACCAUUUGUGGUGGUAAUGUUUUAAAUCUCUAGUAGUGUGUCAAAUACAAGUAGGUUUGCUAAUAUUGAGAUGCAAGAAACACAAUGUUUGUGAUCAACAAUCCGUAUCACAGUCCAAGAUGUUCAGACCAAACAUCACCUCUAUUCCUGAAAUAUUUCAAAUACUGCCUAUUCACAUAAUUUUCUUGUUAUUGAUGUGAAUGUACAGGUGUUCUUAAUCAGACGUCACAGGGUGUAUAUUAAAGAAUAGUCAGAAUUGCACUUUACCAUACCAAUGCAUACUUAGUUUGGAAACUAUUAAUUUUCUGAGAGUGUCACUUGAGUAAUACCCAUAAUUAGUUUUUAAAUACGUAAGUACGAACUUCUGAUUUAGCAUACCAGUGCAGUCUUGACAGGUGCUACAAUAUACUUUAGUUCCUUUAUUGUUCCAUUAGAGUGUCCUGUUAAUAUACCCAAUUGCAAAACCCUCUGGCAUUUGAUAACUCCUUAAGCCAACGAAGAGCCUGUCUUGGUACUUUCUCUUCAAUUUAUUUAGGUUGACUUACAAUUCUCCCAGUACUAUCUUAAGCACAAUACUAAUGGUCAAAUAUAGGUAAUGUAAAAAAAUAUUGUAGGGUUUAUUCACAAAAAAGGAGAAUAGGAGUGAAUUGUGUGCUAAAUGCGGUCCCUUGACUAUCCAUCCAAAUAUCUGUUUUACAUAAGCAUGCAUUGCUUCACAGUCAGAGUUGCUUUAACCAUUACAGCAUGGUUGAAUUGCUGUUAACUAAUUUAAAAAUUCAAAUAGGGAACUUGUAUUACAUAGGUAGCACUUAAAGUAUCAACUAUAAGUUUGAUGAGUCAAAUCGGCUGUGAAUUGGCUGAAUUCUCCCAUACUACACUGUGUAAUCUAAUAAAUGACUAUUUUAGACUGAGGGGUGGUGGGUAUGAUUACAAAGACUAAAAACUCCAAAGUACGCUGAUGGGAGGGGAGGACGUUGGAGUGGGCGGGGGUGGUAAGGGAUGUGCGGGGAAAUACACGGUCUUACCCUGCCAUAAUCACAACGCUUAUUGUAAAGGGGGGGGGGGGAUGAGGUUGAUGUCCAUUUUCCAAGCUCUUCAAUUACACUUUUUCCUAGAACGAAUACAACAAUGGUGUGUCUGUUAACCCAUCUGGUCUAGCUGGGUCCCGGUUGGGAAGCGGCUGGUAGGCACCCUGCAUGUCGCCCUGCUCUGCCACAUUACACACGGUCAUCACAUCCCUUGUAGAUGGGAUGUGGGCCAGAAAAACAACAUCAGGUCGCCUCUCCUGAGUGUUGCUACCACAUACACUAAUCACGGUUUUACUGUACUAAUACUUCAUCACAAGUGGUGUGUAAUAUGCCUUAAUGUUACUCUUGUUUAUCAAGCUGACUAUACACCACUAAUGUUUACUGUGAUCCUUGUCGGAGUGACGGACCUGCCAGUCCCAACUAAUUACCCCUUUCUGUAUCCCUUCUAUGAAAAUAUAAAAACUUAUAUUGACUUAAUAUAUAGCUAUUUUAACAGAUAUUGAGAAAGUUAAAGGUGAGUGGGUAGGCGGGCUUCGAUUGCCUUGUAAUCCUCCUUUUUUGGCAAAUCUAUUGAAUAUAUUUUUGCAAAAAAGUAACAAAACAAGUGGACUGCAUCCAUAGCCUCAUUGCUCUGUAACAAUGCCAAUAAACUGUAAUGGUCAUGGUUUUUUCAGUGUCCUUUUGAUAAUGUGGCGAUUCAAAUGUGAAGCACCUAGGCCUGCACUUACAAUUGUUGUUACAAAAUAAGUAUUUUUAAGGAACACUAUAGCUUUAGCAAUACAAUCAUUGUAUUACAUGAACACAAACAUGUAAACGCUAUAGUGUCCUGACACCCAUUUAGGUCACCCCCAACCCAUGUGAGGGUGUGAAAGGUGAGUAUCACUUACCUUUCAUCCCUCGCCAUGCUGGUCUCCACAAUCACAAUCUACCUCUUUGACUGAGAUCAUCCAUUUGAGAUCAAAUAUUGUAAAGGCUAGUGUGCAUGCACAACAAAACACCACACGACGUCAUCAAAUUUUCCAUGAGACCAUCUGAUUGAAUGACCAUUGAAGCAGAAGCACCUCUAGUGGCUCAGUUGCAGGGUUAAACAGACAGGGACAUAGCAUUCAGACCACUUAAUUGAGAUGAAGUGGUCUCGGUGCCUAAAGUGUCCCUUGAAGAAUAAUAAUAAAAAUAUAUAUUUUUGACUGCUCGUAUUCAAGAUGUUAACAUUUAGUUUUAUCUUGCAUGGCUUUACAUUUUAUAUUGUCAAAUAUCUGCAUUAAAAGCAAAAAAAAUAAAAAUCUGUGUGUUUUUCUUCUGACAGGUCAUAAACAUCCAGACACUUCAGUGCUGAAUGUUUUUUCAGAUUAUGACUACAAUCGAUCAGUUAUAACAAUAGUCUCUACUGCUGAACAAAUAGGUAGGUGUGAUGGCUAUCUAAUGUGUGUAUGUGUCACUGAGGCAUUCGCUGAAAUAUAAUCCUAUAUGCAGGAAUUAGGAAACCACCUGCUAUAGAACAGGACCUAACAAUGCUUUGAGAGGCUCCACUCACUAAUUUCAAGGUCCCUCUGCCCUGUUACAUGUUCGCCUAGUUUGGGAGAGAACUGAUACACAGGCCCUGGUAUUCUAGGUGGGGUGAUGGUAGGGUGGUUAUGUUUUUACAGGAUUCUAAUUAUUUCUGUCUUUUAGUUCUUUAUUUAAGAGACAAGGCAAUAAUACAAAAAGAGGCACAUGACAAAAUGUUUUAAGCACAAGUCUCACAUUUUAGAGAUAAAAACAUCAAAAAACAGGAGUAAAGUAAAUUACCCAUAUAAGAUUAAUAGUGAUAUCAGCAUUCUUUUAGUCGUAGGAUUUAGCAGUGUAACAGAUUCGGUGAUGGCAGGAUCCCCGCACCAACGAUUGUGUGAAACCAUCUAAAAUAGCAGAGGGGAGGGGGCAGAACAUGCCACGCCUCUACAGGUGAGAUCACAAUGCCAAAGUCACACCAAGGGCCCAGAGUCCUAUAAAGGAGGGAAGAAGGAUGCUGAUAUAUUCUGCAUUGUGUUUGGAUUGGGUAUUCAUGAACUCCUAAUAAAAAAAAUCAAUUAACUAAGCAUGGCUGAAAUGUUAAAGAAACCUCCAUGAUUAAAUAAUUGAUUCCAUAAAAUGGCAGGCAGGACAACACUUUCAAGCCUGAUAGAAUGCAGAAAUGAUAAAUGCCUGUAAAAUAAUGUUGAUUUGGAAACACUAGGAGUAGAGAACGGAAUGUCUGAUCCUUUGGUUUACUAUCUGUAUUCUACGUGACAGACAGUAAAGCAUCUGAUACGUUAUCCCAAAACCCAUUGUCUAACGUGAUGUAUUUUAAAUAGUUGGGAAGGGUAAAUUAUAUCUCAACACCCAUCAUCUAAAAUCUGCUGUAUUUCUAAGGGUGGACAUGAGCACCAAUUGUCUUGCAUUGCUUAGAGAACAAUGAAGAUUGCGUAGACAUUCUAUUCCAUCAAGUUAUCACAAGACCACCAGUUGAAGAAACACAUAAUGGGGGUGUACCAAUCUUAUUGGCCUUGUAGGAGUCUGGUACUUCAUCAUCUGUGAUUCCUAUUCUUACACAAUUAUAUAUUUACAACAGCAAUUAAUUACAAAGCCAUAUCGAAGUUUUGAAGUUAAUAUGCUAUAUUAUAUUUAUUAUUCCAGAUUACUUCUUUACAUUAGUCGAUUUCAUUUUCUUAGAUUACACCAUCAAUCUCUUUUUGUGUCUGGAUAUGUAUUUUUCUUCUGUAUCAAAUUAAGAAAAUUAUUUUUAAUGGUUUAGUUAUAGAGAACACUCACACAGUUUCUGUUUGAAAAUUACUUUAAUUCACUUGAUAAAAACCGUCACCUAGGACUGUGCUAGCCAAAAUUUUCAUGUCAUAUGGACUUCAAAGAUCUAAUCAUUUUCAAUAGCCAAGGAGAAGUUAAUGGACAUUGUUCUCUGAGCAUUGCUAAACAAUAAGUCAGUGGAUGUAAUGAAUGGCCCAUAAAACGCCUUAUGACUUCCUAUCAUUUAAUAAAUAUGCUUGCUGUUGCUUUAAGAGCUCCAAAUAACAUUUGUUAAGAUUAUUUUAGCUGAGCAAGUGAAAAACAGGUCUUCAGGGAAUUAAAAAAAAGAUGUUAAUUAAAUUACUUCAUUUGCUGAACAAAUGAGAAGCUCAUAAACUCAUUAACUCUUCACGUGCAGUAAAUGCACUUUUGUCCCCAUCCUAAUUUCUUAAACCUUUAUAUUUAACUAUGACAGUCCCAGUUUUGCUAAAGAAUUGUAUUUUUAAUUUAUAAAAAUAUUCAAGUAGUUUUGUUGCUUUUCUUUCAUAUCCCUUCUAAUUGAUUGCUUAAUUAAAUAAGAGAGCUGAGGAGAUUUCCAGUGUUUCCUCCAAAUUCACUUCAAAGGAUUUAGAAACCGAUCCAUUUUUUAUGAUUACUCAUUGAUGAUUUUAUAAAUUUUCAUUCAUUUAAUAAUUCAAAAUAAAUUGUGUUAAGAUUUAUAUUAAAACCACUAUUUAUUUUUCUUUUUAAAGGGAUCCUAAAGUGCCAGGAAAACAAAGCUGUUUUUUUGGCACUAUAGGUUUAAUAGGUCUCCCCCCAGCCUCGCGCCCCCCAGCCACUUACCUGAAUCCAGCCCCGAUGUCCCUCUGCGUUGGGCAGGCUCCGCCCAUGUUCCUCCCCUGUCUAAGUCAGCUGGAGCGUGAGGACAUCAGCAGAGCGUGAGGGCAUCCAGCAUCAGAAAACAGACCAAAAGUCCAUUAGUAUUCUGGAAGACAGCCACUGAGGGUAGACUUAGUGCUGCAAUGUAAACAUUGCAGUUUCUCUGGAACUGCAAUGUUUAACAUUGCAAUAAUAGGUGCAAAAGGGACAUAGCACCCAGAGCACUUCAAUUAGCUGAAGUGAUCUGGGUGCCUACAGUGUCCCUUUAAGAAAACAUUUUGUAAGAUUCCAUCUUAUCCUAUGAUAAAUGAUAAUUUUCAAAUAUGUCUUUAUGAAGGGAACUUUGUUACCCUAGGCAUCAUGGGAAAUAAGGUUUAUGUAUCUGGAUGCCGAUGUGCUAGGUCGACCCCAUUGUACAAGGUUAUUCACUUAAGUGAAAAUUCAAAGUGAAAUUAAAAUUUUGCACCAAAAUAGCUAAACUUCAUGUAUAGCUGACUUUGAGAACUUUUCCAGUCCAUAUAUUUUGCCCUUAAAUUUGAAAUUAACUUUGAAUUCUCACUUACGUGAAUAGACCUGGUAGAAUUAAUCAGGGCACAUUGCAUAGCUCAGUUAAAAUACAUUUUUCUGACUGCUAUCUUUAAUAUUAGGAUUGCCAUCCUGUUGUAUGCAUUUAUUAUGUUAUAUUUGAAGAUCAUAACCUAUGCUAUGAGUUAAAAAGCUGUGUCUUAAAAUAUUAUGCCAUGGCUAAGGAAGCCUUCAGAUAUGUGCACUGAAUUUGAAAAACUGGCCACUAUGUGUGCCUGUUUGCAUGUCACGCAUUGCAUUUUGGGAGAACUGUAGAAACUCAAUAUUUGAGCUAUCUGAGGCAGACACUUUUUAUCUAGGACAUACAGGUGCUGCCCAACAGUACAUUUCAUAAUUCCUUGUAAAACUAUCAUUUCGGUCACCCUGUUUCUUGCACAGCUGUAUAAGUAUAAUGCUAUUAUAGUAGCUAAGAUUUGAAGUGAAUCAUGUAUUACUAUAUUUAUUCUAAAUAUAUUGUGGCUGCCGAAAAAGUUAUUGUUGUCAUUUAGGCAGGUCUGUAACCUCGGCAUGUGUUGAAGGGUUUGCAUGCAUUGAUCUGUCUCAACAUGAUGGAGUGCAUCCCUGUCUUGGAGCCAUAGAUCUUAUUCCUAUCUAUCCCCUGUCAGAUGUGAGACCAGAAGAAUGUGGUCUGGUUGCCCAAGGUAUGUUUUAUAAAUAAUGUGGAAUAUUCCUCAAAGCUGUGAAAUUCAGUUUGUGUUUUAUUAGACAUGAUUAUGGUGCCACUUAUCUAUUGGUUAAAAUAACUAGAUCAAUAUAUCUGAUUAGAAUUAAAGUAUAAUACAAGCAUUCUAAUAUAAGUGCAUCCCUGUUCACACGGCACACUUUGGUAAACCUGUUCAGGUAUGCACAUUGCAGUUCCUAAUAAUUAUUAAUCAUGCUCAUCUUUUUAAGAGCCAGUUAUACUAGGCUUACAGUGUUAUGGUGUCUGUGCCUUUAAGAGAGCACUACCCUGUUGUUUAUUAAUACUUGCUAUUCAAUAAAAGUAAAUCAAAUUGUGAUUUAAAAGUCCAGUGGGUCCUUGCUGUUUCCUGCUCCUGAUAUAUAGAAGGUUAGUAGUCUCUGUUCUCUUCAGUUAUUUUUGAGAACUUCUGAGUCAAUAAUUUGAAGAGGUUUUGGUAUUACCUUAUAUAGCCCUGUGAUUGAGAUUUGAGCUUAUCCUUGUAGGGCUCUAUACCAUGUGAGUGUUGUCCACUCAUAUGUCCACUCAUAUGCACGUCAGUUUGUCAAAAUUGACAUAAUACACUAUUUUGUGCUAUUACUUUUCUCUUUUAGAUAAUCUAGUUCUAAUAUACCUCUCUCUAUAUCUAGGAGGGUAAGUGUACAUUAUUUAACUCUCCACCUGGUUUACUCUUGGUGGUUUAUUCCACUAGGUACACUUUAUUCGUACAAUCAUUUAUGUGUAAUUUUAGGGUGGUGAGCUGCUUUAUACAUAUAUUGAAUUGUAUUAUUCAUUAAGCACUUUCUAUUGCACAGAGCACUUUUCUUGUUUUGUUCUAGCAGAUAUGAAUAUUGUUUACUGGAUAGGUAAUACAAACAUUGGAAAAUGAUACAAAAAAGAGAUCUCUGUGAAUUUGAAAGGCACUAUUUAUGAAAAAAUAGAAAUAACCAAAUGAAAAAAAACCAAAAGCUGCUACUAUUCAAAAGGCGUGCUUGCCAAAUCGAACACUUAAAAUUGCAGUGAAAACUAUGUAGUUCACAAAAUCACACAAUACUAUGUGGAGCGCUAGGUGAGUAUCACUGCUCUUGCUGCUUUGGUCUCUCUAACACUGUGGCAUAUCCCUUUGUUUUACAUUUUAUCUCUGUCCCAGAUGGCAUACCAGGAGCUUCUGCCUCCUGGCAAGGAGAGAAGUGAACAAGUGAGUGCUAGAAGACAAUCCCCAGAAAGCAUGGCGCGAGCAUAUCAUUAAACGCAGUUGCAGCAAGCUCAGAGCACUAUAUGCUAUUAGUUGGCCAGCCUGCAUGAUUGGCACGCAGCUUAACAUCUAUUCAAACCAGACUGACCUUCCAACUCUUUGGGUAGACUCGCCCCCUUUCUGGGCAUGUCAGACUCUUUAGGUUGUGCCGGUUACGUGAUUCGUGUCAGAGGCCCACCCUUUUUCACUGGACACUGCUGUUAGGGGAUAUGGAUUUGCUUGAUAGGUGAAAACAAGAAAUUAGCACAGGGUAUGUGUUUUAUUAUGGCUGCAUCCUUUGAGUUUCCCUCCAGCACCAUCUCCACCAGAUACACGAUGCUUGGGAGGUAUGACUGUUUUAGUGUUUUCUGUUGAUAAGAUUCUGUAAUUAGGCCCACCAUUAUUGUCAGCACCAGGCCCAAUGGGCUCUUAAUUCAGCUCUGGAUAUAACAGACAAAUGUAUCCAAAAAGUUGUCCAGUUGUCUAGUCUGUCCACAGAACUUUAUCCCAAAAGAUGUGGGGCUCAUCAAUGUGUAUUUUUGUAAAUAUGAGAGAAUCACUAAUAUUUCUUAUAGUUAGCAGUGGUUUGUAAAAUUUGUCCAUGAAUUCCAUUUUAGCCCAUAGUCUUUCUUAUUGUUAAAUCAUGAAUGACAAGCUUAGCUGAGGCUAGGGAGGCCAGUUCCUUAGAAGUUGUACUGGUUGCUUUUGUGACUUUGAUCUGGAUGAGAAGUUGGGGUGUCCUUGGGAUUCAUCACUGGUCCAAGUUUCCUCCAUUUGGAGCUGUUUGUUGGGAGUCCCAGAGGCUGUCUUUACAAAUGUCUAGUAAUUUCCUUUGCAUGGAUGGUAAAGUUAAACUGAAUCCAGUGAGCAAUUACACUUGGUUAAUCAGUUGAUUGAGUACAAAAAAAGAACGUACUUUUUCACACAAUACUGUUUGAUAUAACUUUUUUUCCUUAACUAAAAUUAUCGACUUUGUCUAAGUUCAUUUUGAAGAUCUGGACUUAUUACGUUUGACAAUUAUGCAAUAAUAGACAAAAUCAGGAUGGGACAAAUAUUUUUCACAACACUGUACUAAAAUAUAUGGUUGUUUUGAAAUUGUCAUUUACAUGGAGAUCAAGAGCUUGAAAACUUCCCUUUUUAAAGGAACAAUUUUUCUGUUGUUUCUCUUUUAAACUCUGAUAAUUCUAGUAAAAAUAGUGGUUUGUUAUUUUUUGCAAAUAAAAAAAAGUAAUAAAUAACACAUUCAGUGUUUUAUUUUUUUAAUUAACAAAAUGCUCUUCUCUCAAAUGUGAAAGGAUAGGAUUGUUCAAUUGUAUUCAGUUAUUUAAACACUGAAGAAUUGUAGUGAGAUAGAAAUGACCACAAGAUGUCACUAAUGUACCUCUGCUACCAGCUCUCAACAUUCUCUUUCCAGCUGUUAGAGAUGACAAUGUUCUGUGCAUUUAUUUGCACAAAAUAGUGUCAGGACAAACUUAUGUGGUUCAGAUGGGGCAAAGGUUGGACUAGAUUGUCAGUUCAAAAGUAAAAUUAGAUUCACCAGCUAUGGAUUUUUCAUCCAUAGAUUGACUCCUUCAGCUAGUGGUGACCAAUUGGCUGAUGAUCAUCUACCACUUAUGCAUACUGGCCUCAAGACAAGAACAAACAAAAUCCGAAACAGCCUGUCUUUGUUCCUGGAAUCUACGACAGAGGUCACACAAAACAGCAGUCUUAAAAGGAGGUUGAGUCAGCAACUGGAAUUCAAGUUAGGGAUCAAGCAGAAUAAAGAAUUCGGAAACAGACGGGGUCAGCAACUGGAAUCUUAGAUAGGGAUCAUGCCAGGGUGGUAACCAGGAGGGUAUCUCACCAAUCCGGAUGGAGAUAUUAGUACAGGACAGAAUCUGAACAGUCUCAGAUGUAGAUGAGAGCCAGACCCCCCGCACUCCCUCCACCUGGCACUGACCUUGUCAUUUAAAAGGACAGAUAGUCUAUGUGCCCUGCUUAGCCCAGCCCCCUAUAUAAUUUUUGCUCAUGCAGACGUUCCACUUCUGAUUUGUCAAUAUCAGUUUUGUUUAUAUUUUAAAGCCAUUCCUUGGCGCAACACAUCAGCUAACAUUUCUAAAUAUUACUGAGAAUCUGUGCAUCUAUUUGAAUUGUGUCUUAAACAAGCAAAGUUCAACCACCUUGAAAAAUUGGCAGGAUUAUUCAGUAAACACCAAAUUGUAGUAAAUUAAAAUCGGAAUUGCAAAUUUAAGGUUAAGAUAGCCAAUCUGUGAUUGUAGUUGAGUAGAGAAUGUUUCCAUAUCAGCUAUUUAUGCCUACAUUUUAUAUAUUUUUUAUUAGUAUGUAAACCCCUUGGAAUGAAUCUGUCAGUAAGACUAAGCCAAACACUCUCACUGUGUGCAAUGAUGUGCACACUUGUAUCAAAACCAUUAGCUGUUAUUACAGCAAAGGAUUGAAUACUUAUGCAAUUAGUCAGGCCUAAGGCCAAUGUCACCUUAAAAUAACCAAUUCAAGUAAAAAUCCUUAAUUGAUGUGAUUGUUACAUGGUUUCUUUUCUUUAAAUAUAGUGUAGUGUGUUUUUUUUUUUAUUGUUAGUUUGCUUUUUUUUUUUCUCAUUUGUUUUUUAAACUAUUUCUACAAAACUGUUCCUAAAACAGCUUUCUGUAUUACAAACUUAUUAAUCUAUGAAUGAAUCCUAAUGGCUGUUACAGGUCAUCCAUGUGAAAGUAAAGCAGAGGUCUAACUUGGGACAAAUAUUUUUAAGGGUUUACCCUGACCACCAUGACCACUUCCAUGAUUGUAAGUGGUUAUGGUGGUAGGAGUAUGUAUGUGCAGUGUUUUAGUUGAACCCCCAGCGCACGUGACUUAGGCAGCCUAGAACUCUGUUCCGGGCUGCUUAAUGUCAAAUCUAGAUGAAUAAAGGGCUAGUGCAUUGGGUGAAACCCUCAGCUGAUUGGUGCUCAGAGCCUAGCACAUUGGCUGAGAACAAAGUUUAGCUCAGACAGAGAGCAUCCAGCUUUUUGGCAGAGAGUGAGACCUCAGGGAAGAAGUCAAAAUGUUUUAAAAUUUUAUUAGUGGUUAUUGUGCCUGGAGCGUUCCUUUAUUACUGUUAAAGGAACAAUUUCACCCCCUUUUAAACUCAAGUGGUUAAACUGUUGCCACACUGUUUCACCUCUAGAAGUAAGAUACAUUUAUGCUGUUAUGGAGGUGGGAGUGUUCCUUUAAAAAUAACUGAUUUUGAUUUCCAUAGUAAAAUUAAAUAUGCUACAUAACACGAUUUCAAUGUAUACACUGCAGUUGUUAAACAAUACUAUAUUUUUUCAAUGCAUAAAUGCUUCUUUCAUUUUGUAAUGUGUUCCUUAAAGAAAAAGGUAUAUCAAAAUAUAUGAUUGCUAAAACGCCAACCUGAUGAAUAGUAAUAUUUUAUUUGUUAUGGAGCGCCCUUAUAAUUAUUAUAUUUGCAUUAUGGACUUAUAUUAAUCUUCUAGAGUUUUCUUCAAACUAUUUUCAUUCCCUGUGCAGAUGCUCAAUGUAAUAUUAAUUUGUAGUUAUUGCAGAGGAUUUGGCCGCACUUGUACCCGGAUGCAGCAUGUUUCUUUUUGGUCACGCAGACGAGAAAACAAAGAAAAGUCUGGCUGAGAAAAGAAGAGGCCUGUGGUGGUUUAAGAAAAACACAAAAGCCGAUCUGACCCAGUUAAAAGCUGAUGUUGGCGCAAACCCAUCUAAAAGAUACGGAUUAACAGGUUUGCAUACUGCCCAAUUCUAUUACAUUUUAAAUUGUACUAUCCUAAUGAUUAUGCUCUUCGUUGUUCUUUUAUGUUUUUGAGGAAAGUUUUAGCCCAGGUCCAUCAGCUCUCUUAACCCGUCCAAUACAUGCUCUACAGUGUUCCUUCUUUGUCACUCAGAUGAAAUCUGUGCUAAAAAGAAUGGUGUCCUAUUCUGAUUCCCUUGGUCUAAAUACAGUAUAGCAGAUUGCAAAAGGAAAGUUCUGUCUUUAAGCAAUUUGUGUUAGUAAUCGCAUCGUUGUCAUUAGUCAUGUGAUCUUGUCAGCUUCCUAAUUUAUCAAUAUUUGGGGCCUUAGAAUAAUUUUUGGUGCUUCACCACAUGGUAUUAAAUCCCUGUCAAGAGAAUGGGUUGUCUUUGGUAAAGUGCCACAAGGCUAUAGGACAAUCUACCAUUAAUAUAUCCUAAUUAAAGGUUUGAAUUAGGCAACGUAUAACAGUUAAAACUGGUAUAGAUCACUGUACCUUCUGUUGUGUGUAUUUUCUAUUCCUGAUUUGCUCCAACAGGUGAGGCACUGAUUUCAGACUCUUUGGUGGCCAAAAGUAGUAUCUUUCCAUGUGGGCAUAUGGUCAUUUUUCUGGAGUAUUGAUUGGAGGAAUGCGUAGGAGACAAAUUAUGGAUUGAUGCUCCUACAUAGUCACUCAGAGUUGAUUUCUUGUUGAGGUCAGAAACUGUGAUUGACAAUAUUAGUCUAAACUGAGUACAAAUGCCCAUUUAUUACAGAUGUUUCUUGCUGUGCCCUAAUCAUCCCCCUUUUUAGAGUCAAAAAUAACUUUUCUCCUUGUGUAAAUAAAUAAACUCACAUCCUUCCUGUGUGGUGGUAUAGAAAAAUAUGUCACAUGUGGAGUCAAUCUAAUCAUCUUUUCAUGAAUAAAAUCUUGCUUAUUCUUUUAAUUAUUCACCCCUGACAUACAACUCAUGUUGAUAGUGGGAGACUUUGUUAUGAGGGGACAAUAAAAGCAAUGUAUCUGGGCUUUCAUCCCAACCUUCUGCUUUUGGUUGGCGUUUUUACUCUUGUUUUGUCUUCAUGUGAUUUUUGUGUAUGUGAGGCCAAUAAUAGUCUCUAACUCUCUACCACAAACAUCCUUAACAUUAAGAAUUUAAUGCUAACUUUAAUAGUGUAACCAGUGUUACUGCGAUUGUCUCGGAAUAGCCAUUUAAACAGAGGAAUAUUUUGAACAUUUGGAAGUACUAAGGAAUAUUUAUGAGAUUAUUCAAACUUAAAUGUAGCAUGUCCGAUAUGAACCUAUCCAUUGAUUGACCUGGAGUCUAUGGGCUUUACUUCAAUCUCAGGGUCUGAGAUUAAAUGAUAAGACUCUCAAGGCUAUACAGUCUGCAACUUACUCAUACUUUGCACUGUUUUUUUGUCGUAUCCUUAUUACCUGUAUACUUUUUUUCCUAAGAUGUUGUUGAAUUUCUUGCUUAAAUGUAAACAUUUUAAUUGGGACAAUAUUGAUAAAGCUAAAUUAAAAGCAGCUUCCACUUUAGCGAUAUCCAGAAUACUGGAAAAACUGCAAGCACCAGGAGGACCCUGUUCAAAAACAUAUUUACUGUUUAUUAUGGAUUGGCACCAGGUGUCUCAUGACACCAUAGCCACUAAAGUGUGCUGUAGUAGUUAUGGUGCUUAGGCUACUGCUUUAAUGAAAAAGUAAAAUGCAUAUAGAUUAUACACUUUUACAUGGUAAACCUGCUAAAUUUGCCAUAUAGUGUUUCACGUUUCCAUACCUUAGGCUUUUAAUUUUUGUUGUUAAUCGUAUGUGCGUGAAUUUCCAGCUGUGAUGUGCAUUGGUGAAACAAACCAGUAGCUGUAACAUAACAUGUUUGGCUUAUAGGAACAAGAGGGGGUUGGGGGCUGUGUUUACAGUCUAAAGGAAAUUGAGUGCAAUUACAGAAAAAUGUAAAUGUGUAGUGUACAUAGAGAAGAUUGAUUGCAAGGUGUAUGAAAUAAUAUGCAUUAUAUGUAAUGUAUAUAACAGAUGAAAGUUGUAUAGAAAGAGAAGUAAAGGGGUUUGUGCAGGCCAUAUGGGGGAGGAGGGGUGACUGGUAUAGGCUGGUAUAGGCUGUUGAAAUGGUAGCUAAAAUAGUCUGCUUGUAAGCAUUUCUUGUAGGAAUAAAGACAAGGGCAAGUCUAAUAGAAUGAGGUGGGAGUUUCAGAAGCGCAGAGAGGCCCUUGAUAAGUCUUGGCGGCCUGAUUUAGGGACAAGUGAGCAAACAGGGACAGACACACAUUGAUGAUCCAAAGAAAAGGUAGUGGUUUGAUGUACUUGGUGAUCUCUGUCAAUAUGUAAAAUUAGGCAGUUAUUGAGCUGUGCAUGCAAAAAGGGAUAUUAACUUAGAAGAAUGUGAGAGACUUGGAAGAUUGAAUGAACUCACCUGGCAGUGACAUUCAUUAUGGGACAGAGGUAGAUCUUUGAAGGGUGGUUUGUAGUAAAUGGUUGGAGAUGAUCAACAUACAAACACAAUUUAUGACCACAUCUGGUGAAGAAGAGGUGGUGAAUACAUGCUAUAGAAUAAGGUGAAAGAGAACAGAUUUGUAGACCCCUAGCCCUCUCUGCCUGCCAUUCUGCUUGGCCGGAAUUGAUAUAGAUAAUGUAGAAGUGUAAAUUAUGCAUUAUUAAGUUGACUGAAGAAAGGGUGAAACCUUGGUGCCAGAAAGAGAUCCAUUUUUUGCAAAUCACUCCCAAACAGGGGAUUGCUCCAAAAACUCUUGGCAGCACGACCACCACAACCUUGUUUAAAUUGUCCCUUUAACCAUCCAAACCCUUUUGUCAAAUGUGUUCUUCACUUCCUAAUAAAUUAGAAUGGUAUGUGAACAGUAGGAAUAAUUGUAUUUUAUACAUUCCAGAACUGCAUAUCUGAAAAACAUGUUUCUAUAUUCAUAGGUGUUGGUGCCAGUCCUUACGUGAUUAACUGCAAUGUGACUCUCGACACGAAAGAUGUGGCUGCAGGACGGUUUAUUGCAAAUGCCAUCCGCAGCCAUGCUGAUGGAGUUCAAGCCUUAGCAUUUCCACAUAAUGGUCAGGUGGAAAUAGCUUGUAAUGUUGAAAGCCUUGUAAACACUCAGUGUCCCAAUCUCUUAUCUGAAUCACAUAAGUUUAUCUCAUACAGCAUUUGCAGUGAGUCAUAUUUUUAUGUGUGUCCACUGCAUCUAGAAAGCCAAAUUCGAGAGCUGGCAAGACACCAAGGAAUUAACACAGUUGAAACUGCACUUGUAGGGUUCACUCCCCAAGAAUGUAAGAAAACAGCAGAGUAUGCAAUAUCUCAUGGAAUUGGAGAAUACUGGAAGAAAAGAAGAGGGAUUUUUAUGUGAUAAAUAAAUAAUUGAUUUCCUUGUCAUGUUUGUUUAUUAAAGUUUUUUUUCUAAUAUCUCCUGCUUCCAAACUGCAAAUUUUGAGAAUAGAGGGAUUAUUUUACCUCAUGAUUGCCUCUUUCUGAAUGGUUUGAAAAAGACACACUUCAGAAACUAGACAUGUAGUGUGAGUGCUGGGUAAGCUCACCUAUACAUCAAGUAACAAACUAAUAUUUCAAGCAGUAAAAGUAGGUUGUAAAAUGGGAAUGGCAAAGUAAUCCUUAUGUAUAAUGAACGCAUGAUUCAAAAAGACACAAAUAAGAGUGGUACUUCAGAAUGCCAAAUAAAUCUACAUAUGUUUUAUAUAGAUAAUGCAUUAGAAAUAUUGUCAGAAAAUAAUAUUGUAAAACCUAAAAAAGUUAUCUUUAAAAUUUUCCCUCGAUGCACUGCUUAGGCAUACUACUCCCACAGCAGGAUGUGAUACUGUAGUCGUGAGUGUUUCUUUUUUUUAUCAUUGGGGAGCUACUGAUUGGCUUAGAUCGUCAGCUGACACUCUUUACAUUACAUUCACCUAGUAUUCAAGGGAUUGGCCGUCAAUUUCCUUAUAGGUCCGUAGCAUGAGUCUUUUAGUUGUGAAUGUCGUGAAAUCAUUUUUGUAUUGGAGAACGUGUUAUUGUAACCAAUGGAGCAUGCAUUCCCCAUGUCGAAAACUAAUAACAUAUGUGAGGUUGUGUGUCUCUGUAUAGACCCUUCACCACAUCACACAUUGUCCAAAGCCUUUACAGAGAGAAAAGGAAUGGUGUAACACAGCCAGCCAAUCUCAGCCUUCUGCAUCUGACAUCUGUCUUUCUUUAUUGCUAUUUGUAUACUUACACUCUAACUGUUUCAGACACAAAUUCCUAAAGCCAGUGUUAUGCGCACAAGCUUUGCUGCGUGUUCUGUGCUAGCCUUAUAGAGGUUCAAACUGGCAGGCUAGAUUUGUUGUGGUGUGCCAGAACAUGGAAG